GCCGAAGCGGGACGCUUGACUCUCUUGUCUCUCCGUCGACUUCCCGUCAAACCCUAGUCACCGGCAGCGAGAGAGAGACCCGAUGACGACCAGAUUCAAGAAGAACCGGAAGAAGAGGGGCCACGUGAGUGCCGGGCAUGGCCGCAUUGGGAAGCACCGGAAGCACCCGGGAGGGCGGGGUAACGCCGGAGGGAUGCACCACCACCGGAUCCUCUUCGACAAGUACCACCCUGGGUAUUUCGGCAAGGUCGGGAUGCGGUACUUCCACAAGCUACGGAACAAGUUCUACUGCCCCAUCGUCAACCUCGACAAGCUCUGGUCCCUCGUCCCCCAGGAGGUCAAGGACAAGGCCACCAAGGACGCCGCCCCCGUCGUCGACGUCACCCAGUUCGGCUACUUCAAGGUCCUCGGCAAGGGGGUGUUGCCGGAGCAGCAGCCCAUCGUCGUGAAGGCCAAGCUCAUCUCCAAGAUUGCGGAGAAGAAGAUCAAGGAGGCUGGCGGAGCCGUCAUCCUCACCGCUUAAAGUAUCGAUUUUUAUGCAUUUGACUGUUUUUAGAAGAUUUUUGGUGCUCUGAUGAACUUGUCGUGUUAGCUUUUUAUAUAAUUUGCCAUAAAAUAUAUCCUGCGACUCUGGAGCUUCACUGUUGAGUAUGAGUAUACAUUGUUCCUUCAACCAUUUGCUGAUUUCGUUCCGAUCA